CCGGUACCCUGUGUGCGAAAGAAAUCAUGGUCACAAGUUCGACUCCGCCCCUGGCUGAUUGUACUCAAUUUGCUUUGGAUAAAAGCGUCGGCUAAAUGACGUGUAGUAAUGGGUAAAAUAAACGGUUUGAUGGGUAAAAUAAACCUUUGGGUGAAAGUCCCGAGGUGGUGUUGUCAGUAAACCAGUAGGCUACGAGCGGGACCUUGUGUUCUAUUAGCUCUUUAACUUGAACAAUAUUCCAUCACUUAGUUUGGUUUCCUCACACUCACCACAUUCAAUUAAUAAAUGUUAGAAACGGCCGUCUCUGGUUCUGCAGACACAUUAUUACUGCUGAUCACAGACAGUAGGGGGCGUGGAGACAGACUCUGAAGCUGUUCAGUUAGCUGUAAGUUUAUAACCUGGAGUACACUGGUGUUUAUUACAGUGACUAAAAAGCAUUGAAACAUUUAGAACACAAUGUCUGUGGUAAUGUGAAGUAUCCUUGUACAUGCUUGUGUUUGUAAGACUGUAUAAGACUGAUGAGACAACAGAGAGACACAAUGUGGGAAACAUGAGACAGACUGAGUUUUGGAGGUUGUGCUGUGUGAGUUGGAGGCGGGACAAGGAGGAGCAACAUAGGGAGGCGGGCAGCAACACACAUCUGGAAAUAAUCUGAGAGAGAGAACAGUCGAGUUAAAAGAAGGGAAAAAAAAAACAAGGUAUACUUACUUUUUAAGUCCUACACUUUUAUAAGUUUCAGAAUCUGUGAUGCAGUCCAACACAGUCUACCAGUGAAGAACUUUACAGAGGAAAAGAAAACAGGUCUGGAACCAAACCACAGGAUAUCUGGAAAAGAGAACAAAGAUCCAACCAGGAGGAGAAGGAGCCUGACGACAGAGAACAUCACAAAGACAAGAUCUGAAACUGAAACAGAAUGUCCGUGUCUCAGAGGUGUUUGUGCUGUGUCAAAUAUUUGAUGUUUGUCUUUAACCUCAUCUUCUGGCUGGGAGGAUGUGGCUUGUUUGGAGUGGGAGUAUGGCUGUCCUUCACACAGGCAGAGUUUUCCUCUCUUCCCCUUUCUUUUCCAUCCCUGUCAGCGGCCAAUCUGCUGUUAGUAGCCGGUGGCAUCACCAUGGUUACCGGUUUCCUUGGUUGUCUUGGAGCCCUUAAGGAGCAGCGCUGCCUGUUGUUCAUGUUCUUUGUGAUCCUUUUGCUCCUGGUCCUGACGGAGGUCACCCUCGGGUUGGUUAUACAUAUCUUCCAUGACAAGCUGGAUUCCAAAGCACAGGAAGAAUUAAAGGAAGGUAUGAAGAUAUAUACAUCUGAACCUGGACUGAAGAAAUCCUGGGACAACGUCCAGAAGAUGUUCAAAUGCUGUGGAGUUACCAACAGAACGGACUGGUAUGAUGUCAUGAAUGGAACGCUGCCCUCAUCCUGCUGCUCUGUUGGGAUGGAGCAGUGUGUUGACGGAUGGAGUGAGCCGUGCUAUCAGAAGGCCAGGCAAUGGCUGCUCACUAACAUCCCCUCAGUCCUGGUGUUUGGAGUCUGUAUUGGUGUCGUGCAGAUCCUGGCUCUGGUGUUCUCCAUGCUGAUGUACUGUCAGAUUCUGUGUGCUGAGAAGCAUCUGGACUGACAUCUGUCCACUGGCCUGUGAUAUCAAGGUGGAUCACAAACUCCUUUGGAAUCUCAAUUUGUUACACUUCCUCUGAAGAUUCCUCCCAAAGAAACAAUGCUAUCUAUAAAACCAUUAACGGUGAAAUGGACAAAGUUGGUAUAAACAGAGUCAGCAGUGAGUGAUGGAUCACAAGCAUCGCUGCUUGUCUUUGUACCAGACAAAUUCAUAUAAAUGAUAUUUGAUUUGAACUGGCCAACACAAAUCAAUGGCCAUACAACGCUGUAAAGUAACCUAAGGGAAACGCCUCCAAUGUGUCCUCUGAAAAUUCAAGGGCAAAAGACACAGAAUGUAUCUGCUGCUGCUUAUUUUACGGCGUCUUGAGUCUGUUUGGCUUUUUCACCGAUAUGAAAACAAAGAUUAAAAUUCAUGUCGUGAAUCCCCCGUGGUUUUCAAGAACAAGGAAGAGAACCCUUAAAGGUCCAAUAUGUAAUGUUUGAAGGCAGCUAGUCAAUGGAACGUCCAGGUCAGACCAGCAUGACACUUGGUGCCUGUUCUCUCGGGUCACCAGUAAAAAC